GUUUUAUACACCUGGUAGGCAGUAGGUCUUAGGCGAAAGGGAGGAGAGGACCUAAGGAAACAUGCUGGGAAUCCUGACGUUUUUUGUGAUUUCUUUCGUUUUGGCAUCAGUUCCUUCAAGUCGUGGUAAUCUGCUCUUCGAUAGUCCAAAUGUGGUAAGUAGGACCAUGAAAGCGCCUGCUGGCGUAAGGCGUGUUCAUUUUCACAGAGAUGCCAAGUCGAAGUUAAAAGAUGACUUCUAUGACCAGCCCGUUAACCUGAUGAAUAAGAAGUCCCCACACGAUAAGGAUGAGCCCUCCGAUGUUCGAGGAGAAACGAAAGCUGAUCCCUGGUCUCCGUUCGACUUCUCCAAGUUCGACAGCUACCUGAAUAACUACAAGGACAAGGAGGAUAUAUCACCAGAACAUAAUCGCAUUAGGAGGCGAGCCAGGAGGCGACGUGGACGCGGUGGCAGACGGCGUAAUCGUCAGCGAGCUACCACUAAUGCACCAGAUGAAGAGAAAUCCCAUCCAAAGAAUGGAUCUAGUACCGAGGUGCCAAUCGCUCGCACCGGUGAGAUGGUGGAACGAAAGCGUUCUUUUAGCAGAUCACCUAACUUUGACAUGUACGAGCCUCCUGGCAAGGAUUGGGAGUCAGGUUACGUUGAAAUGCCAAAAGACUUGUAUCAGGCACAUUUAAGGCCAGGAGUCAUAUUCAGAAUCCAUAUGUCUGAAGCCAUUCUCAAAAUGCAGUACAGAAAUUACGGUGAAGACAAAGACGAAUCAGUAAUUGAAGCCGACGUAGAAUACCUUCGGUUGACCAGGAAGGUUAUCAACGAUGAGAUCACCAAGUUUGAGGACUUGCAGUGGUUAAUUGGGUGGUUCCACAACCGAUCUUCUUUGAUACAAGAACAUAUGUGCAAUACCAGAUAUUAUACUGUUGGAACCCCACCAACAAUGUUCACACACCCAGAAGAGUACAUGAAGCGACUGUGUCUAUUCGAUAGUGUGUAUAUUGAUCAUAUACCGUAUAUCAUCGGCGAGGACAGCUCCCUUAUGGCUGCAGUGGCGCCACCUGUGUUACAUUGCGACGCCGCUACUUGCACUUCUGUACCUUUUAUUGACAGCGUAAUGUUUGACGAGCGCCUCCCUCGAACGAAUGUGCGCACUCUAACAAGAUGUCAAGCAUCAUGUCGGGCGCACUGCCGCAACGACCCGGAUUGUCUCAAGCGGUGCUCCGACCGAUGUCUGAGGUCCGACUAGCUAUGAAUAUUUCUGAAUACAGCAGUUGGAUAGUA